CGACUGUCCCAUUCAUUCUGGGAGCACUUCUGUAUCUCGCCGCACUACAAGGCCCGGCUUGAGAUCCCUGCCCGAUGAACAGGCCCGGUGGAGCGAAUCCUGCUGCCCGGCGAUAUCCCUUGUGCGCGGCCUCGGCGCCGAUAGAUCCGUUGGACCCGCUGCGUCGCCACCCCAGCCAUGCUCUCCUGGCUUGCCCUCCAUCUCGCUCGUCUCCUGCGUUCGCCAGCUCCCCCCUCCGCUGCCGACCCCCGCCUCUAUCUCGGCCAGCUCGGAAGCAGCCGCUCCUCGACGUCCCUGGUCCAGCCAUGGCAUCGUCCCCGUCGAUUCUGCUUGAGGGAUGCAACACCACCGGCCCCUCGUCCAUGGUGGUGACCACUCUCCUGACCUUCCCUGCAAACACACUGCUCAGUGACAUCCUGAACAAAUGCCACCAGAUGUCGCCUACUCCCGUCAAUUUCCUCUGGGUCUCAAUCCAAAACAGCACCGCCUGCAGUACCCUGACUCCGGCCCAGUGGAUAGUAGCCUGCGACUCGUUCGAUCAGGCUGGGGCCCAGCUGACGAACAUGGCCACGGCUUCCUGCCUCAACGACUUCCUAUUCUGCCCCGGCACCUUGCAGAGCGACCUCACCAGUAUCUACUGCAUCGACUGUGCCGCACCCACAAUCACCACCAUCCCGUGGUUUAUCUAUGCUGUUCAAAACGAUGCUCCAUUCUCGACCACAACGUCCGUGGCCACCCUGCCCACCGUGAUAUCCAUGAGCCUCACCAUCCCCACGGCCACGUUCAUACCAACGUCGUCCCCGAGCCCUGCCUCGUCCUCAUCCUCGUCCAACAUUCCUCUGAUUGCCGGGGUCGCUUCUGGAGCUCUCGUCCUGCUCCUCGGGGCGGUGUUAUUUUGUCUCUAUCGCCGACGUCAGCAAAAGGCUCGGCAGCUGCAAGCUUCGCCUUCCCGCCAAGUUUCUUUGCCCUCGGGUCAGUCUCCCGUUGGCAAUGCCCCUCCUCCGGUCGCCGGCAAUACCGCAUCUCCCGGGGACGCCCGCGGCAUGACCUAUGCGGCGCCCUAUCCUCAGUCCUAUCCAGACAAUCAGCAGCCACUCCAUAUCACAUAUCCAAGUGCGCCGAGACCCUCAGGCUCGCUGCCGCGCCAGCCCGUCGCCCAGAAUCCCUACCACCCGUCACUUCCCAGGGCAGCGCAAUAUCCGUAUCCGCAACCGGAAGUGCCGCUACAGUCGUACCCCAUUUACGUCCAUCCGUCUCCUCCUCCAGCCCCUCAGCAGCAACAGCAGUACUACAGCCCAGUCAACGCCGUGCUGGAUAACGCAGCCAGAACAGCCACAAACAGCCCUGCCCAAGGUCCCAUUGGCGAAUAUGGCGCGGCGUAUCCGCCCCAGGGCCCGGACACUCGGUUUUCGCCAUCCCAACAGCAGAUUCCGGCCGCUCGCACCUACGCAGGUCCCCAGCCGAGUAAUAAUCGGGCCGACACUGCCCUGCCCAAUUUCUCCGGGACGGUCUCGCUCGAAAACUCGAUCCGGGGCUCGCUCGUCCGCACCAACCCGACACUCUUCAACCCGCAGGCCUCUCCGUCGCCGACCCAGACGCACUCACAUCCUCCCCCGCAUCCUCACCCGCUUCAGCACUCGCCUUCGCCCCCGCUCUCGCAUCUGAGCGAGUCCUCGGCGACAAAGCCGAGCCCUCCGCAGAUCAACACGGGCUCACCCGUGCGAAUCAACGCUGUGCCGGACAUGGACCCCCGUCUGCUGACGAUUGCAGAGACCCUUCGGCGCCACACAUCCGCCCGCACGUCGAGCUUCAUCCAGACACACCCGGGCGCCGUGGCUGCUGCUCAGGCGGACGAGACGGGCCCGAAGAUUGAACUUUCGACGGUGGAGAAGGAGUUUGUCCCGAUCAACGGGGAUGAAAUCCACAUGCAGAUCGGGGACCAAGUUGAUAUCAUCUACAAGUUUGACGAUGGAUGGUGCUACGGCUACAACUACCGCACUCUGGAAAGGGGUGUGUUCCCAGUCGAUAGUCUCGUAAAGUAAUUCAAGAUAGCCCUAGGCCCUUCGAUUUCAAAGUGAUACUGAAGAAAUUCAUCGCCCUUCCUCCUCUCCUUUGUCUCCUCCCCCCCCCUCUCCCUGCAGCGAUCGCCCUCCGUUGGUGGCAUACACCGUUAUUCUCUAUCGCCCAUUCCCUAUCGAAUGGACUCGUCUUUUCUCUCUAUUCCUCUCGUUUCUUUUGCCUUCCUCUUGUAUGAGCCGUAUCCUGCGGCUCCCCAUGAGUCGCUAUUGAGUCGCUAUAUAACUCUAUCUAUAUUACAUAUCAACUCCCCGUCGUCGCUCGUCCAGCUGCUGUCAGCCUGUCUCCGAC